AUGAUUCACCUGUCGCUAUCAUCGGUUACUCUGCCCCUUUCGCCUUAUGCCUUAGGCUGCCUCGUUGUAUCUUGCUACUGGGCAGCCUGGGUUGUUUACUCGAGAUGGUUUCAUCCCCUGGCGAAGUAUCCGGGUCCCUUUCUAGCAUCCUUUUCACGGCUCUGGAUUGUAUUGCAAAUCAAGCAAGCCGACGCCGAGAAGACACAGAGGAGGUUGCAUGAAAAGCACGGCCCCAUCGUACGAAUUGCCCCAAAUGAGGUUGCGAUUUCUGAUCCCGAUGGCAUCAGGAGUAUCUACGCCAUCAACUCCGGUUUUACAAAGGCCGGCAUGGUGUAUGCCUUUGACGUGAUCGGACAACUCUUCUUUAGCGGCAUGUUUGGCUUCAUGGAGACGAUGCGAGAUCAUCGAGGAUACAUCCAAGCACUUGACUUGCUUCUGCCGAUUCUCUGCGCCGCGAGUGUUAUGCCGACUUAUAUUCGUCCAGUGUUCCUGCUCGGAGGAGCUGUGAUCCCGGGGGUCUUCAGAGCACUCAAAAGCAUCGGCGACAUUGAAAGGGCGGCAGACUCUUGCAUCAGCGAACGACAGGCUCUCCUCAGAAACGGACAAGAUGUCGAGACCAAGGAUAUCUUGAGCAGCCUUUUUGAUAUUAUGAACAAAAAGGGAGAAGAGAUCGACUUUGGUCUGACUGAGGUCAAAGUUGAAGUCUAUGUUGCCCUUUUUGCGGGAUCUGAUACAACUGCAGCCGCAGUUUCGUCAAUAUUCUAUCAUUUGAUGAAGAAUCCUGCCGCCUAUAAGAAACUCACCGAAGAAAUUGAUCAGGCUACCAACGAAGGUCGCCUGAGCGACAUUAUACGGUAUCGCGAAGCUAUGAAACUGCCGUACCUUCUCGCCUGCUGCAAGGAGGGCAUGAGGAUGCAUCCAAGUGUGGGAUUGACCAUACCCAGAGAGGUCCCAGCCGGGGGACGCGAUAUCUGUGGUCAAAGAUUCCCAGGAGGCGUUAGGGUUGGAAUCAACGCCGCUGUCCUCCACCGAAACAAGGAUAUCUUUGGGCCAGAUGCCAAUGAAUUCAAUCCCGAUAGAUGGUUCCGCGAAGGGGCCGAGAACAUGGACCGAUACAUGUUCCAGUUUGGUGGGGGAUCGAGGACUUGCAUUGGCAAGAAUAUCUCCCUUUGCGAGAUGUACAAGAUGAUUCCGCAAAUCCUCCGCACGUUCCAUCUGGAACUCGCCCAUCCGAACAAGGAGUGGGAGACUCAUAACUACUGGUUCAACAAGCCAAGCAAAGUGUAUACACGCUUGUCCCGGCGCCACACCUCAGUGACGUGGUAG